CACUCUGCCCACACCACUGGCUCUGGGCCCCAGCACCUGCUCAGCGUCCAGGAGAAUGGCUGUGCGGUGCCUUCUGUGGAUGGGGCUGGUCCUGCUGGGGGCCUUGGGGGUCCUGCAGACCCCAGCCCAGGCCCAGCUCUCUGUGCAGCCCAACUUCCAACAGGACAAGUUCCUGGGGCGUUGGUUCAGCGCGGGCCUCGCCUCCAACUCGACCUGGUUCCGGGAGAAGAAGGCGUUGCUGUCCAUGUGCAAAUCGGUGGUGGCCCCCACCGCAGACGGCGGCCUCAACUUCACCACCACCUUCGUCAGGAACAACCAGUGUGAGACCAGGACCAUGGUGCUUCUGCCGGCCGGGCCUCCAGGCCGCUACAGCUACCGGAACCCCCACUGGGGCAGUGUGCACGAAGUCUCAGUGGUGGAGACCGACUAUGACCAGUAUGCCCUGCUGUGCACCGCAGGCUCCAAGGGGCCUGGGCACGACUUCCGCAUGGCCACCCUCUACAGCCGAACCCAGAACCCCAGGGCCGAGUUUAAGAAGAAAUUUGUUACCUUUGCCAAGGCCCAGGGCUUCACAGAGGACACCAUUGUCUUCCUUCCCCAAACCGGUGAGGGGCCCCUAAUCCCAUGGGUUGGGGAUUAAGUUCAGAUUAGAGGCCAGUGGACAGAUCAUCUCCUGACAGAGCAGCAUGGGGGAGUGGAGGGGCGGGAAUCAGCCAGCCCGCCAGAAGGCUGACCUGCCCAAGGCAAUGGGAGGAGAUCAGUGUCCCUCACCUCCUGGCCUGCAGCCUGGAGGGCACAGGAAGGCACUCCUUCUCCACGAACUCUCCCUCCACGGAUUUACCAAGCACCCAUUGUAUGGAGACCUCCAAAUGUGUUGAACCUCAAGCCACUCCUAGGAUACAGGGAGCCCCCAGCCUGGGGGAAGGCAGGCACUAAAAUGGGAAA